GUGUGUUUGAACUUGGUGUGUAAAUCCAAUUCUCGAUCAAAUCAAAUGAUAAAAUAAGACGACAAUUUUCACCUGUAAUAAAGCCAAACAAUAAUCCACUAGCAAUGAGUUCCAACGAUUCGAUAGAUUUGAUUUUGAAUUUAACUAAAAGCCUGCAUAAUUUUGGUUCGAAUCUAUUAUUAUGUCCUUAUUCAUUGUUAACAGCAUUAUCAAUGUUAAUUGCGGGCAGUCGUGAUAAAACACGUGAAGAAUUAUUGCAAGUUUUAUAUUCAAAAUCAUUAUCGGACAAAGAAAUCGUACCAUUUCUGGAACAAAUUGGUCGUAAACAUCGAGAAUUUCUGGAAUCGCAUAAAAAUGUAUGGCAUCAAGCUAGCUUGGUUUAUUGUCGUAAUGAUGUAAUGUUGGAUGCUUUAUUCGCUCGAUCAUUAUCACAAAUGUUUAUGGCUCAAACUAAACAAUUGGAUUUUCAUCCAAACAAAUCCGGUGAUGCUGUACGUGUGAUCAAUCAGGAUGUAUGCAAAGAAACCAAUGGUCGUAUCGAACAAAUCGUUAGUCAAUUAGAUCCAAAUUUCGCCUUAUUACUUAUCGAUGCUAUUCAUUUCAAAGAUAUUUGGGCCAAACAAUUUGAACAAUCAAAAAGUCAUAUGGCAUCAUUUCGAUUAAGCGAUGGACGAACCAUAGUAGAAACAUGGAUGAUGCAAAAGACCGAAAUAUUUAAUUAUUGCCAUUAUGAAUCAUUGAAUGUAAAGGCAAUUCAAUUGCCUUAUCAAUCGAAUCAAAAAUUAGCUAUGCUAAUUCUUCUACCAUCUAACGAUACCGGUGAUGAUGAUAAUGGUGAUAAUGAUAAUCAACCAAAGAAUUCUGCAAUUAAAACAUUGGUCAAUCGAAUGAACCUUGGUCAUUUGAAAGCCAUUCUGGAUGAGAUGAUAGCUACUACACCACAAAAAGUUGAAUUAUCAUUACCACGUUUCAAAAUAUGUUCAACUCAUCAUCAAUUGAUUGAACAUUUUCGUCAAUUGGGUAUACGAUCCAUUUUUGAUCAAUGUCAAGCCAAUCUUUCUGCAAUGUUGACGAAUGUUGCUAAUAAUAAUCCAAAGCUUUAUGUUUCCGAAGUGAUACAGAAAGCAAUGAUUGAAGUGAAUGAACAAGGUACCGAAGCAAUGGCUAUUACCAAAGUAUCCGUAAGAAAUAAACGUUCAGCUGAAUUUAUUGAAGAAAUGAUUUGUGAUCGACCGUUCAUGUUCAUGAUCAUUCAAUCUGAUCCAUUGAACGUGUUGUUUUCUGGAAUACUCGAAAAUCCGUUAUUAUCUUAGGAUUUUGUUGACAAAAGUAAUCUUAAAUUAAAAUUUUGUUUAAAUUAAUGAUGAAAUUUUAUUAGGAAAAAUAUUUUAUUGUCAAAU